GAAGGCGCUCCGCGGGCUCAGUCCGCGCGCUGCCAGGUUUCCGCCGCAACCAGUAUAGCGAGCAGUCGCGAGGCCCGGCUGGCCGGGGUGCGGCGCCGACAUGCGCCCUCUGCUCGGCCUGCUCCUGGUCUUCGCCGGCUGCACCUUUGCCCUGUACUUGCUGUCGACGCGACUGCCCGGUGGGCCGAGAACAGGCUCCCCCGAGGAGCCUGAAGGCAGGUCACUCUGGUUCCCCUCAGACCUAGCAGAGCUGCGGGAGCUCUCUGAGGUCCUUCGAGAGUACAGGAAGGAGCACCAGGCCUACGUAUUCCUGCUCUUCUGCAGCGCCUACCUCUACAAACAGGGCUUUGCCAUACCUGGCUCCAGCUUCCUGAACGUAUUAGCUGGUGCCUUGUUUGGGCCAUGGCUAGGACUCGUGCUAUGCUGUAUACUAACCUCGGUGGGUGCCACAUGCUGCUACCUGCUCUCCAGUAUUUUUGGCAAACAGCUGGUGGUCUCUUACUUCCCUGAUAAAGUGGCCCUGAUGCAGAGAAAGGUGGAGGAGAACAGAAACAGCUUGUUCUUCUUUUUACUGUUUUUGAGACUUUUCCCUAUGACACCAAACUGGUUCUUGAAUCUCUCGGCCCCGAUUCUGAACAUCCCCAUUGUGCAGUUCUUCUUCUCAGUUCUUAUUGGUUUGAUCCCAUACAAUUUCAUCUGUGUGCAGACAGGCUCCAUCCUGUCAACCCUAACCUCUCUGGAUGCUCUCUUCUCCUGGGGAACAGUCUUUAAGCUGUUGGCCAUUGCUCUGGUGGCCUUAGUUCCUGGAACUCUCAUUAAAAAAUUUAGCCAGAAACACCUGCAAUUGAAUGAGCCAAGCAACACUAAUCAUAUAAAUAGAAAAGACACGUGAUCUGGAUUUUUUGUUUGCCACAUCCUUGGACUCUUGAUGAUUUGUUACUGGGUGUGGUCCUUUGAAGGUCCUCAUUGAUUUUUAAUUACCCUCACCAGAUAAUCUGGACACUGUUCAUCUGUGUGCAGUGUCUUGUCACAAAGGGCACUCAGCUUUAAAAGGUGAAUCGUAUCUAGUUUGGUCUGGCCUUGCGUUGGCAGGACUGGGAAUGGGUGGCCUCCUAGAAAAUCCCAUCUCUUGUUUAUUAAUUAAAAAGGAACUCAGGGUGGUCUGUUGGGUUUGCCUCUUGCUUACUCCUGGGCUGCCUUGGGAGAAGUUGGUUGUCYUUGUCCAGAGUACCUCUUGCAAAAUGAUAGGCUGUGUGUGACACGUGUUCUUCUGUUAAGUCUCCAUGGAUGUUAUUAGGAUCACUGCGGACUUGUGAACCCACAUUGCUGACAUGACUCUCCACCUGCUGUUAGUCUCUUGAAAUGUUUCUUAUGUACUGUUUUUUUUUUUUGUUUAUUUAUUUUUUUCUUUUUGCUGCUGAUCUACCUCUUCCAUAAGCCAAGGGAAACCGCCUAAGACUUCCACAUAUAGCUUAAGUGCACAGUGAUUUCUGUGAUGCUCUGUGUUCAGACACAGUGAUGUUAACCAUGUAUGUCAAAUCUCUUCAUGGUUAUAUGUCCUGACAAUUAAGCUAACUAUAAACAGAUUAUUAAAUAUGAAUGGAACAAACCUUUAUGUUAUGGAUCUAUAGUAGGGAAAUCUUUACUCUUCUGGACAGGGCAGGGCCCUUGAGUCACCUGAAUGAAAUGACAAUCUGUACAUUAUCUAAUAUGUCCUUUCAGUUGGGAAUCCCUUCUACCUCCUUCUGGAGAAUGGAUUCAGUACACUAGUAUACUUAUGAAUGUUUUUGUUAUUUGUUGAGAAAAACUGAUAAGUAAUUGUAUUUUUUAAUUCAAAAGAAAAGUUGGUCUUAUUACUUGGUUGUGUUGUAUUUUAAUUACCUAAGGUUGUUAUUGCUUCCUACAGCUGCAGAAUUGGAUUGGCAGGGACCUACAUUACUGUCUCUAUGGACAGAUGGCGCUUGGCACCUAAACUGACCAGCUCUGCAAUCCUGUAUUCUCAUAAUUUAUCAGAACUGCUACUCUUGAGCGUCAUCCAUUGGGUUUUUGUUUGUUUGUUUGUUUGGAUUGGCCAAGAAUCUCGCCAAGGCUUUAAUCUGAGCCUCUUGUUGUACAUGAAUUCUUUGGAAUACUUACAUUCCAUAGGAAGAAUGGGUUCCAAAGUAGUGUUUUGGGACAUGGUAUGGUCUUUUCACAGCAAAGAUUUCAUUUUUAA